GCUUGUCAUUUCCUUUUGUUCCCCUUUCUCUUUCCUCUGGGUAUUCCUCCCUGUUCCUUCUCUUCCCACCAUCACCAAUCUCUCUCCCCGUGUCUGUCUCUCUUUCCCCAUCGCCUCCCUCGUCUACGAGGGUUCCGGAUCCAUCAAUUACGGUCGGAUUCUGCGUCUGGGGAGGUGGUGGUGGUCGAGAUCGGGCCCUUAACUUAGGGUUGGAGGACACAAAGCGGAUGUUUUUGGUUGUUCAGCGCUAAGAAGAGGUUUAGAAGAGCGUCGUGGAGGGAUUUUGCGUGCUUGUGGUUCGAGGCAGGUCUUUCUGAGACAAAUGCUGCUGAUUUCUUCUGUUGUUCUUCGGAUUCGCUGAGUCGGAUCUUGUCGUCGACAAAUCUCUGUUCUUUGGUUCGUUUAUUCCAUCCGUUGAAGUUAAGGAGCAAUCGAAGUUGAUUCUUUCCAUAACCCUGAGAAGAUGCAGCAAGAACACCCGAAAAAGUUGAAGGAGACGGACUUUUUCACUGAGUAUGGGGAAGCCAACAGGUACAAGAUUGUAGAGGUUAUUGGGAAGGGGAGCUACGGUGUUGUUUGCGCGGCUAUUGACACACAUACUGGGGAAAAAGUGGCCAUUAAGAAGAUACAUGAUGUAUUCGAGCACAUUUCUGAUGCUAUUCGUAUCCUCCGAGAAGUCAAAUUGCUCAGGCUCUUGCGCCAUCCUGAUAUCGUUGAAAUAAAGCGUAUUAUGUUGCCACCUUCUAAAAGGGAGUUCAGAGAUAUUUAUGUUGUCUUUGAGCUUAUGGAGUCGGAUCUUCACCAAGUCAUCAAAGCCAAUGAUGAUUUGACCAGGGAACACCAUCAGUUCUUCCUUUACCAGAUGCUGCGGGCUAUGAAGUAUAUGCACACAGCAAACGUGUAUCAUCGAGAUCUGAAACCAAAAAAUAUACUGGCAAAUGCGAAUUGCAAACUUAAAGUUUGUGAUUUUGGACUAGCCAGAGUAGCUUUUAGUGAUACACCUACCACCAUUUUUUGGACAGACUAUGUUGCCACUAGAUGGUAUAGGGCCCCAGAGCUUUGUGGAUCGUUCUUUUCUAAGUACACACCAGCAAUUGAUAUUUGGAGCAUUGGCUGCAUUUUUGCUGAGGUUUUGACUGGGAAGCCAUUGUUUCCUGGUAAAAGCGUCGUUCACCAGUUAGAUCUAAUCACUGAUCUUCUUGGAACUCCAUCAUCAGAUACAAUUUCUGGAGUUCGAAAUGAGAAGGCUAGGAAAUAUCUUAUGGAAAUGCGGAAGAAGCAGCCUGUGUCUUUCACGCAGAAAUUUCCUAAUGCUGAUCCUGUGGCCCUCAAACUCUUGCAAAGAUUAUUAGCAUUUGAUCCUAAGGAUCGACCAACUGCUGAGGAGGCACUUGCUGAUCCUUACUUUAAGGGCCUUUCGAAGGUUGAGAGAGAGCCUUCUUGUCAGCCAAUUUCAAAGUUAGAGUUUGAGUUUGAGAGGCGAAGAGUCACAAAGGAAGACAUCAGGGAACUCAUAUAUCGUGAAAUACUGGAAUACCAUCCACAGUUGCUCAAGGACUACAUGAAUGGGAACGAAGGCACAAAUUUCCUCUAUCCAAGUGCUAUAGGUCAGUUCAGGAGGCAGUUUGCUCAUCUCGAAGAACAUGGUGGAAGAAGUGGUCCUGUAAUUCCUUUGGAGAGAAAGCAUGUUUCCCUCCCUCGGUCAACGGUGCACUCACGUACAGUCCCUCCAAAUCCACACAAUAAUGUAAGGUCAGUGGAAGAAAGACAAUCUAAUGAGGAAGGUUCCAAGAACCUGAGAGUUACCGACUCACUUGAUGGAAAUUCAGUGAGGGCUGCCCGCCCUCCUCCACGUGUGCCGAGUGCCAAACCAGGCAGAGUUGUGGGACCAGUUUUGCCGUCUGAGAAUGUCCGAAGCACCAAAGACAGCUACGAUCCGAGGUUUUACAGAAACGCUGUGCUCCCUCCUCAGUCGAUAUCUCCACACUGCUUUUUCAGGCCACAGUCUGUGGGCAACGAAAAACCUGUAAGAGACUCGAACAGGAACACUACUUCACAGGAGAAAUUAGUUAACACAGCCUCUCCACAAGUUAACCCGAAUCCAUAUUUCCCUUCCCAAGCUUCUUCAAUAGGGCAGAAGCUGAAUGAGAGAAUUGCAAUGGAGGCUAAGAUGUUUCAGGCACAGUCUCAGUUCGGGACAGUUGGGGCUGUAACAAUGUCAGCUCAUAGGAAUGUUGGUUCUGUGCAGUAUGGAUAAUGACCUCAGUAGUCUUUGUAAUGGUUUCCUGUUUGAGCCUUGGGGAGAUGGGGGCAACUGCGAUAGAAGGGGCUGUCGAUCUAGGCUUCGAUGGGUCAUACUAGGUUCGGUUUAAUCAUGGGGAGAGUCCUGUCCUUGUUCGCUAUCACAUGUAAUGAGUUCGAUUCAUUGAAUUUAUUGUAAUGUAAAAAAUGAUUGUUCGUCAUUCUUCCUGAA